UAUUACGUAAUCAUCAUUCGUGAGUUCCGCACCUAUGUUUUUGACUUCAAUGAAACUCAUGAAACAAAUGAUGCAAAUAAAACGUAACGCAAUCUAAGACGCAUGUUAUUUCUUAAUUUUUAUAAUAACAUGAAUUUUCAUUUCAUCUUUGAAUUAUUUUCAUUUUUGAUAGUGCUUCCUAUGAUGAAAGGAUCUCAAGAAAUACUUGUUGAUUUUACAACUAUAAACAAUAUAAAUGAUUGGUUGGAAAUUUCUGACACUGUAAGAACAGUAGGAAUGUCAAAAGCUGUUUUGGUAUUGCAAACUACUCAAGUUUUUCAACGAGCCAUUUUUUUUACACUUUUAAAUCCACAAGCAAAUGGAGCUGGUUUUGCAGGAAUACGAAAAAGAACAAAUUUGAACUUAUCCAAUUUUAAGGGUAUUGAAAUAUUAUGUAGAGGACAAGGUAGCAAUGACCAUUACAAAAUUGUUCUACGACAUAAAAAUCUUCACACAGACAAAGAUAUAACAUAUGAACAAAUUUUUAUGGCACCAAUGUCAAAUACUACAUUUUCAACUGUAACAUUACUUCUGGAAAAUUUUAAAGCAUACUAUCGUGGACGAGAAAUAUCUGAUGCAGAACCAUUAGAUACUGGAAAUAUUACAAUGCUUGGUUUACAGAUUUAUGGUGGAGUUUAUUCACCAAUUAAACAAAAAGGUGUAUCAUCAUUAGAAAUAGAAAAUAUUUCUGUAUCAUAACAUUCAUAUUACUGUAAAUAUAAAUUGCUAAGAAUAACUGCGCGCGUGCACGCACGCACGCACACACACACACACACACACAUUAUUGAUUUGUAUGUUCUCACACACAUUCUUACUUCGUAUUACUAUUACUAAUUCUUUUAAGUAUGCUUAAUGUUAUAAUUUUAGAAAAAGGUUAUAGAAAUAUAUAGAAACAUCGAGUUUUGUUGUAGUUUAAAUUUUAUAUUUUAUACUUUACAAAAGUAUCUAAUGUAUUAAACGUUAGUAAUAGACAUGGUUAAAUUGAAAUAGAUAUUAAAUUUUUAUUUUAACUUACAAAAGUGAAUUAGCAAGCUAUUCUUGAAUGAGUAAAAAUGUAUGUAGUUGCUUGUGAUAACAAUGAUUUGAUUAGAAACAGUAUAAUAUUUAUGUGGUAGAAAAUAGUGAACAAGUUGAUGUGUUCAAGUUACCAAUCAUUUAAGUAGUUUUCUUCAAGACUGUUAUAUAGUUUAAGAUCAUGGUUCAAACUGUAAAAAAAUGUAUUUAUAAAUGUAAAUGUCGUUGUGGAAUUCAACUAAAUGUGUUUUAAAAUAUAUAAAUAUUCGUAAGUACAUACAUAUUAAGGUAUACCAAUAUGCAGUUUAUUUACUUACCUCUUGAAUGCAUCAACUACUUCUUGUGCUUUAGAUGGAUGGCAAACAAUUGUUGUUUUACAUUCUUUUGGAUCAAACAAUGGUGUCAAAUAUUUAGAUGCUAUGCGACCCAUAUCCUCAAUUGUUACUGCAGAUAUGCGUUGCACCAUUUGUUGCGUAUAAUUAUGAGGAACAUUUUUAAAAUAAGACACUAACGAAUGCUGUACCAGGUCACCUACACUCUGCACUCUUUUAAUAAUUUCAAAUAUUAAAGAAGAUUUUGCUGAUUCAAAAAGUAAUUUUUCCCAUUUAUUUUCAGAAAUAUGUAUAUUCUGUAAUAAAAAAGAUCGAAGGGUUAAUAUUUAAAUAAAAGCUAUAAGUUCAAUUCUUUAAGUAUAGAAAUAUAUACUUACUACAAUCGAUUUAGCUUCUUUAUAAGCUGCCACAAUAUUUGUUGAUCUAUAAAAUGACAAAUACAACAAACCUUCAUUUGCAUUAGCAUAGAUAUUGUAUCCAUAUGAAAGUCCUUGACCCCUUAUAAGUUUCCACAUGGGACCCUAUGGAAAAUGUGAUUUUAUUCUCAAAUAAUUAUAUAACCUGUAUAACACUGUAACUAUAGUGUUACAUACCUCAAACUGAGUUAAGUAUUGUAAACAGACAUUUAAUGGCGCUAAAUCUGGAUGUUUGUAACUAUUUAUACAUUGACAGCUUUGAGAUAAAAAUGAAGAUUCUAUACAACCUAAUCCUGUAACACAUCCCUUAAUUGGGAUUUCUUGUAGGGGAUUUAUGAACGUCGAAUCUGAUAUAAUUUCGAGCCUAUGCGAUUAAGUUAUACAAUUAGAAUAUGUGUAUUAACGUAAUUAAGAACUGUAAAAAUUUCAGAAAUUAUAUUUACUUUGUUUUA